AUACAAUGUUUGGAUUUAAAAAAUCAAGUAAGAGCAAACGAAAACCAACUAAGAAUGCACCAUCACCAAUCAAUACAUCCAGUGAAACAAAAAUGCUUUAUAAUGUUCCAAGUGUUUCACAAAUAGCUCCUCUUCCACAAAACAAAUCUCAUGGUACUCUACCAGUUUUAAGUCUCGAUGGACGUGAUGCACCAAAUCCAAUGCAAUCUGAAACAUCAGAAAACGAUUUAACAGUAAAUACAACAACUGCGAAUAGUGAAAAUGGUCUACAACCGCAUCGUAUAUGUCUUGAUCCAACAACACGACGACAAUAUUCAUAUUCACAAAGUUCCGUUUUGUCAGAAGGCAUUUUCAUGGAUAAAAACGUUUUACCAAAACUCGAACCAGGCAUUUAUUCGACUUCAUUAGUUGAUGUUGAUCAUAAUGAUGUAACAACAUAUCAUCCAUUAAAAAAACAAGUACAACAGCAUCAAUUAACGGUUGAAGCAGCUACAGCAUAUAACUAUCGAUCACGUGCGAAUACUAAUAUAAUUGAAAGACGUUUUUCAAAUGUUGAACAACCAAUCUUAACUCCAGAAUUAGUCUGUAAUGAUAUUUGA